GACGGCACAGGGUUUUUGGUUUUUUUUUUCCUCUGCUCCCGCCCCUGCUCUUCCCACCUGCCACGUACGGGAGCGCAGCUCUCGCUAGGCUUGUUGGGUGUGUGCGAUUGGCCAGGCCCGCGCAGCUCUCAGCUCGGCGGGGCUCGGCGGAGGGCGACCGGGCGAGCGGGGUCCGAAGCCUCCCUGCGAGAGUGCGGAGUCCGCGGCGGCCAGGCCACACAGCGGCCGGGUCGGCGGAGACAGCGGCCUCGGCAAGCGGUUUUUUUUUUCCUAGAGUUGUGUGUAUAUAGAGCAUCCUGGAGUCCACCAUGAAUGGACAGUUGGACCUAAGUGGAAAGCUAAUUAUCAAAGCUCAACUUGGAGAAGAUAUCCGCCGAAUUCCCAUUCAUAAUGAAGAUAUUACUUAUGAUGAGUUAGUGCUAAUGAUGCAGCGAGUAUUCAGAGGAAAACUUCUGAGUAAUGAUGAAGUUACAAUAAAGUAUAAGGAUGAAGAUGGAGAUCUUAUAACAAUUUUUGAUAGUUCUGACCUUUCCUUUGCAAUUCAGUGUAGUAGAAUACUGAAACUGACAUUGUUUGUUAAUGGCCAACCAAGACCCCUUGAAUCAAGUCAGGUGAAAUACCUUCGUCGAGAACUGAUAGAACUUCGAAAUAAAGUGAAUCGCUUAUUGGAUUGCUUAGAGCCACCUGGAGAACCAGGACCUUCCACUAGUAUUCCUGAAAAUGAUGCUGUGGAUGGCAGGGAAGAGAAGCCUGCUGCUUCUGAUUCUUCUGGAAAACAGUCUACUCAGGUUAUGGCAGCAAGUAUGUCAGCUUUUGAUCCUCUGAAAAACCAAGAUGAAAUCAACAAAAAUGUCAUGUCAGCAUUUGGAUUAACAGAUGACCAGGUUUCGGGGCCACCCAGUGCUCCAGCAGAAGACCGCUCUGGGACUCCUGACAGUAUUGCUUCUUCCUCCUCAGCAGCGCACCCGCCAGCAGUUCAGCCACAGCAGCCUCCAUAUACCGGAGCUCAGACACAAGCAGGUCAGAUUGAAGGUCAGAUGUACCAACAAUACCAGCAGCAGGCUGGCUACGGGGCACAGCAACCUCAGGCUCCUCCUCAACAGUACGGUAUUCAGUAUUCAGCUAGUUACAGCCAGCAGACUGGACCCCAACAACCUCAGCAGUUCCAGGGAUAUAGCCAACAACCAACUUCCCAGGCACCGGCUCCUUCCUUUUCUGGUCAACCACAACAACUGCCUGCUCAACCACAACAGUACCAGGCGAGCACUUAUCCUCCACAAACUUACACUACCCAAACAUCUCAGCCUGCUAAUUACACUGUGCCCCCUGGUGCUCAGCCUGGAAUGGCUCCAAGCCAGCCUGGUGCUUACCAACCCAGACCAGGUUUUACACCAUCUCCUGCAGGUACCAUGACCCCUCCUUCCAGUGGGCCUAACCCUUAUUCACGUAACCGUCCUCCUUUUGGUCAGGGCUAUACCCAACCUGGACCUGGUUAUCGAUAAGGAGGUUCAGCUACACUAUUGAUGGCUAAUUGCCUCCCAAAAGACUACAAUACUAUUUUGUUUCAAUUUGUACUGUAUUGAAGUUCAGAAAUUUAAAAAGCAGAGCAAUUUUUAUGAUAUCAUUGUUGCUGUUAAUUGAAAACAUAAUUUGCUGGAAUACAAACACAAAAAGACCAAAAUGAACAUUGUUUCCUCCCCUGCUUAAAGUUGUAGCAGCUUCCUAGUUAUAUUGGAACACUAUUGCGUGUAAAAUGAUUGGCUUUCUAGUUCCCAGAGGAUAUUAAAAAGCUAGGCUAAGGUUUAGCCAUCACACUUGGCUAUUUACUAUUAACAUGAUGUACUAAAAGUAGAGCCCUUUGAGAAGACGACUAGACAUUAUGUAUAAAUGUAACAUUGAUAGGCUAAUAAAGGUGAUUGAAUCCAAUAAUGGUCUUGUAAUUUAUUUCAGACAUAAGGAAACUAGACAUCUUAUUGGUAUAUGGUCUUCAAAUAAAAUUUAUGAAAUUGAUUUCCAUUCAGGGAAAAAUGUAUAUGGCAUAUUAGAUUGACUUAGAAUGUGAACACAAUAGGGGUUUGGUAGCUCUUAAUUUUCUGAUUUUCCUUAUGCAGAUAAAGGUAUAUUUACAUAUUGGCAAACUAUUCAGAACAUUUUAAAAAUCACUUUUUAAAAACCUACAUCUUUUUAUUGCAGAGUUUAUAUUUGUUUGAAAAGUUCAAAAUGUAGCAUUGAUAAAACUGAAGCGUAUUGAAAGAUACACAUGGAGAAAAGUCUUUUCAGGGCAGGCAAUAAUAUUCUUGCUCCCUCCCAAAAAUAUGUGCCCCUCUUUUCAUGAAAAUGAGUGAGUUUCGUUACAAGUUGAGUAAACAGUGUCACAAGACAACCUCUGAUAGAUUCAUUCAUGGCCUUAAUGUAUAAAUAUAUAAUAUCCUCUAGAACAAUAGCAUCUCACAUGCAUUGUAUUUUCAUGCUGACUGUACAUUCAGUCUCUACAUACAGCUUGAAAAGAACCAUAGAGCCGCUCAAAAGAAUGUUAAAAGAGUUUGAGAAAGUAUUUUUAGAUGUAAUAUUAUGGGUACAGAAUAAAAUAAAAUUUAUCAUUUGACAUGUCAGAUUAUCAGCUGUUUGGUUGAGAUAAAAUUACAUAGAUUUUUUUUUUUUUUGGCGUAAAGAGAAUUUUUUAUUGAUUUUAUUGA